AUGAUGACCCUCGAUACCCCUCGUGAAUCGCCAGAGCGUCACGGUCUGCGUCUUCCAAAUCCUCCUCCUCUGUUGCAUACCCGAUCGGGCAAUGAACCUUUCGAUCGCCCCUCGACUCCCGCAGACAAUGGCUUCACCAGUCCUGCCCAAACCCCGCAGGGCAGUCCGAGCAAGAACAGAAUGCCUCCUGGCGCCAUUGACCUACCGAAUGUCUUUGAAAAAGCGAUGAAGCUCACUCCCUCCUCUCCCACCAAGAACACCUUCAACCAUUACAACCAUCCCAUGUUUGCUCCCCCGAAGGGAGCAAUGGACGACUUCAGCGAGAGUGUCAUCCGCCAGUCACCAGGAAGUCCCACGCGCAAAUCGAACAAAGAAAACACCCCCCGAGAUCUAGGCCCCAAUCCCACCGCCGCCGCAAUUUCUCGUCAUGAGCCAUAUCAGCAGAGAGAUCUGGACACUCUCCAGAGGCGCCAGGUUCAGAUGCGUGGCUUGACGCCAGAGGAGAUGGAGAAGCUGCAGAGUCCCAGAGUCAAGCGAUUGGUCAAUGUGACUCAACUAUACUUCCUCGACCAUUACUUUGAUCUGCUCAGUUACGUUCACAACCGCCAGACCCGCUAUUCCCAAUUUCGCGCCGCCUACCCCGAUCCUCCUGCGACCCCUCUUGACGAUUACGAGCCUGCCCUCCUCAAGUAUCUGGGUCGCGAGCGUGCCCAUCUUCGCAAGCGUCGCACCCGUCUGCGUCAGCACGACUUUCAGAUUCUAACCCAAGUCGGCCAGGGCGGAUAUGGACAGGUCUAUCUGGCACAAAAGAAGGAUACUCGAGAGGUGUGCGCGUUGAAAGUCAUGAGCAAGAAGCUCCUGUUUAAGCUGGAUGAAAUCCGUCACAUUCUGACCGAGCGAGACAUCUUAACGGCGGCCAAGAGUGAAUGGCUGGUCAAAUUGCUCUACGCUUUCCAGGAUGAUGAGCAGAUCUACCUCGCAAUGGAGUACGUGCCAGGCGGCGACUUCCGUACGCUGCUCAACAAUACUGGCGUCUUGCAUAAUCGCCAUGCCCGAUUCUACAUUGCGGAGAUGUUCAGCUGCAUCGACGCACUCCAUGCGCUGGGAUACAUUCACCGAGACCUUAAGCCAGAGAACUUCCUGAUUGACUCAACGGGCCAUGUGAAGCUAACGGACUUUGGCUUGGCGGCGGGGAUGCUGAAUCCAGGAAAGAUCGAGUCCAUGCGUGUGAAGCUGGAGGAAGUCGGCAAUACCCCGGUUCCGUUUGGUCGUCCGAUGGAGCAGCGAACUGCAGCCGAGCGUCGUCAGGGAUACCGUUCGCUCCGAGAGCGUCAGGUCAACUAUGCCAAAUCGAUUGUUGGUUCGCCUGAUUACAUGGCCCCCGAGGUAUUAAAGGGUGAGGAAUACGAUUUUACAGUUGACUACUGGAGCUUGGGGUGUAUGCUGUUCGAAGCCUUGGCUGGAUACCCGCCCUUUGCGGGGGCCACGGUCGAUGAAACGUGGCAGAACCUGAAGAAUUGGCAGAAGGUCCUCCGGAAGCCCGUGUACGAGGAUCCCAACUAUUUCCUGUCGCGGCGGACCUGGGGUCUCAUCACCAAGCUCGUGGCGGCCAAGGAGAACAGAGCCAAGAGCAUCCAGGAAAUCCAUGCGCAUGACUAUUUCAGCGAGGUUGACUUUAGUCGCCUGCGCGAGCAGAAGGCGCCAUUCGUACCAGAGCUGGAUUCAGAAACCGACGCCGGCUACUUUGACGAUUUCAGCAACGAAGCAGACAUGGCCAAAUACAAGGAGGUCCACGAGAAACAGCGUGCGCUCGAGGAGAUGGCCGAAAGAGAAGAGAAGAUGAGCAAGGGCUUGUUUGUUGGGUUUACCUUCCGUCAUCGCAAACCCGCUGUGGAUUCCACUGGCCGAAGCUCGCCGCGGAAGCCAAUUGCAACCGACGGGUCGUUCGGAACCAUGUUCUAG